UAAUUAUAUUUAAACAAUAUUCCAUGUGCUGUAAUUUAAAAAUUAUAUAAAAAUACCAGUUAUUUAAUAAAUCAAAAGAAAUAAGUCUUCUAAACGUUUGAAUUUUUAUAUUUUUAUUUAUCGGUCGUUUAUAGGUUACGUUAUACAUUACACAAAAUUAUAAUUUUUAAUGUUUUCUAAUGAACCGGUGAUAAUUGCGUGAAGUAUUUUAAUUUUUUGUGUAAAUAUAGAAUCGUUUAUCUAAUAUACUUACAGUGUGUUUAGUGCAAAAAAAAGUGCUGUAAAAUAAGCAAACAAUAAUCUGUGAAUCAGAUAAAAGGUGAAAGAUAAAAGUUCUACAUGCCCUUUGAUCGCUCAAUGUUUUUAUAAAUAUUGUCAAUAUUUUAUACAGAUAUUAUUUCAACAUUGAGAUAAUUGUAGUUUACAAACGUGUUAGUGUUUUAAUUGUUUAAAAGGCCUUCUCCAUUUGUUGUAAAAAAUGGUUCUAUCAAAGCCACGAGAUAUUAUUUAUGAAUUAGUAGGAGCUUAUUUUCAACGACUUUAUACCAGUCCAGUGAAAACAAAAGCACUAACAAGUUGUGUUUUUGCCACUUUGGGAAAUUUAAUUUCCCAAAAAUUGUCGGGGACAAAGUAUUUAAAUCAAGACAGUUUAGUGGCUUUUGCUUUAUUUGGGCUUCUAAUUGGUGGUCCAGUUCCGCAUUAUUUUUAUAUGUACGUAACACGAUUUGUUCGGCAUCCCCUGGGUUUCUUACUUAUUGAAAGAUUAUUGUACACUCCAGGAUUUGUAGCUCUUGCUCUUUACAUGCUUGCUCGAUUCGAGGGAAAAUCACACGAAGUCUCACAGGACCAAUUGAAGAAACUCUAUUGGCCAACUCUUGUUGCAAAUCUCAAAUAUCUGACGCUAUUGCAGUACAUAAAUAUACGAUUUGUUCCUCCAGUGUUACGUGUUUUAUUCGUCAACGCAGUUGGUUUACUCUGGUCAAUUUACCUCGCGAAUCAACGUGCCAAAGUUACGAGAGACAGAUCGAGAAAUAUGUAAAUUUCUCUCCAUAAUCAGCAAAAAAAAAAUUAAAUUUCCAUAAAUUCCUUCGGACUAUUGAUAAUGAAAGCAAUCAAGAAAGGUGAUAUUUUACAAUUUUAUAUAAACUGAUGUUUUAUUUUCUCUUUUAUUUUUAUCUUCCAAAGGGUUAAGGUUCUUAAAUUUAUAUAAUAUUUUUUAAAAACUCUUCCACGAUGUCUUUUACGAAAGAAUUAUAUAUCAAAGACAAUGAGUUUUAUUAUUAAUAUUACGUUUUGCCAAAAAGUUUCACUAAAAGAGUGAAAUUUUUUUUAAACAGUUAUAUAGAGCGUUAUUUUAUAAAAAAAAAAGUUCUUUAUUUAAACCAUUUAAACAUUACAUUCCAAUAUAGACUAUAAAAUAUUGAAUUUACAAUCAAUAAUUUUUAUUUGUAUAAAUUUG